UGACAGCUCAAAAGUCAAAUUCCGGUUGAAUUAUCCAGACCUGGAAUUUCCCAAGCACGCCUUUUUCUCUGAGGCUUUCAAAAUUUAUCCUGUUCAUAAUCACGCCUCGUGCUUCUCACAGGCAUGUAUUUUUAGCUGUUCCAGACUGGCCACUAUGAAGGCGUGAUUUCUUAUUUACCAGACAUCCCCUUUCAAAUGACAAACAUUGCAGGGAAAAGAAUUUUGCCCAAACCUGCCCCCAUUCUUCCUUCCUAUGAUUCAGUAUCAAACAGAUUGGUACCUUCGUGUACGAUCACUUGCUUCUCAGUAGCAUAGUUGAUAUGCCCUCGUUUCCAAUUCGAGCAAGGCCAAAAGGAUUAGAGGAGGGACCGGCUUCCACACCGGAGGAGAACUUCGCCUUCAAGCAACAGAGAAUGUGGAAUAGGUAGGGCAGUUUUUUUAACUUGUUGCAGCAAAGCAAGAAACCAAAAAUGACAAAAAGGAAAGCUACAUCGAUUUUCUCCUUCGAUGUGUGGGAAAGGACCAAGGAGAGAGCCCCUUCAAGUUCAAGGUGAUUUUGAUAACCAGCAAACCACUCCUUUAGCAGACCGACUUUUGUUGAAUGGCUGUUUUCCCAUCUCAUUUAAUGCCAUUUGCCACGUCUUCACCACAAAGUCCUCUCUCCACACCAGAACUCUUUCAGUGAUGGAAGAAGUUCAAGAACAGAAGUUUGUAUGCAAGUUUUGCAACAAGUGUUGCUUCAGCGGUAAGUCAUUAGGUGGUCAUAUGAGGCGUCACCUAGCUUUGAUUGCUGCUGCAAAAAAGGAGAAAGUGAAAGCCGACAUCAACGUGGGUUUUGGAGGAGGUUAUGAUCAUGAUGACCAUCAUGAUCAUGGUGAUUUCGGGCUCGAAGAGAAUGCAACAAAUUCUUGCAGAUUUUCAGCAGAGCAAUCCAGCAGUAGUUUGAUUCCAGAAAAGGUCGACAAUCACAGCAGCAGCAUGAAUCUUGAAAACGAUGAUCAUGAUCAAGAUCAAGAUAACUAUGGCCUAAGAGAAAACCCUAAGAAAUCUUGGAAGAUUUCUGAUUUAAGGGCCUGUGGUCUCCAAGAAAAGGAAAUAUUUGCAAAGAAUGUGGGAAAAGGUUUCCCUCAUCAAGGGCUCUGGCAGGUCAUAGAGGACUCACUCUGGGAAAUUCAAGGGUCGACAUCCUUGCAAGAAAUGCGGCAAAGCUUUUGAUUCAAUGAGAGCAAUGUA